AUGAUGAUGAUGAUGAUGAUGAUGAUGAUGAUGAUGAUGAUGAUGAUGAUGAUGAUGAUGAUGAUGAUGAUGAUGAUGAUGAUGAUGAUGAUGAUGAUGAUGAUGAUGAUGAUGAUGAUGAUGAUGAUGAUGAUGAUGAUGAUGAUGAUGAUGAUGAUGAUGAUGAUGAUGAUGAUGAUGAUGAUGAUGAUGAUGAUGAUGAUGAUGAUGAUGAUGAUGAUGAUGAUGAUGAUGAUGAUGAUGAUGAUGAUGAUGAUGAUGAUGAUGAUGAUGAUGAUGAUGAUGAUGAUGAUGAUGAUGAUGAUGAUGAUGAUGAUGAUGAUGAUGAUGAUGAUGAUGAUGAUGAUGAUGAUGAUGAUGAUGAUGAUGAUGAUGAUGAUGAUGAUGAUGAUGAUGAUGAUGAUGAUGAUGAUGAUGAUGAUGAUGAUGAUGAUGAUGAUGAUGAUGAUGAUGAUGAUGAUGAUGAUGAUGAUGAUGAUGAUGAUGAUGAUGAUGAUGAUGAUGAUGAUGAUGAUGAUGAUGAUGAUGAUGAUGAUGAUGAUGAUGAUGAUGAUGAUGAUGAUGAUGAUGAUGAUGAUGAUGAUGAUGAUGAUGAUGAUGAUGAUGAUGAUGAUGAUGAUGAUGAUGAUGAUGAUGAUGAUGAUGAUGAUGAUGAUGAUGAUGAUGAUGAUGAUGAUGAUGAUGAUGAUGAUGAUGAUGAUGAUGAUGAUGAUGAUGAUGAUGAUGAUGAUGAUGAUGAUGAUGAUGAUGAUGAUGAUGAUGAUGAUGAUGAUGAUGAUGAUGAUGAUGAUGAUGAUGAUGAUGAUGAUGAUGAUGAUGAUGAUGAUGAUGAUGAUGAUGAUGAUGAUGAUGAUGAUGAUGAUGAUGAUGAUGAUGAUGAUGAUGAUGAUGAUGAUGAUGAUGAUGAUGAUGAUGAUGAUGAUGAUGAUGAUGAUGAUGAUGAUGAUGAUGAUGAUGAUGAUGAUGAUGAUGAUGAUGAUGAUGAUGAUGAUGAUGAUGAUGAUGAUGAUGAUGAUGAUGAUGAUGAUGAUGAUGAUGAUGAUGAUGAUGAUGAUGAUGAUGAUGAUGAUGAUGAUGAUGAUGGUGAUGAUGAUGAUGAUGAUGAUGAUGAUCAUAAUAACUUUAGUUCAAAAACAAAAAGGAUGA